UGCAAGUCCUGGUGUGCUCUGUUCACUUUCAACCGAGGAACUCUUAACAAAAAUACAAGAGUGGGGCUUAGAUGUCACCGAAGCUGAAGCUCAGCGUUUCAGAGACAAUGAGGUUGAUGGUGACACAGUUGACUGCGGUCUUACUGAGACUAUGGUUGCAUACCUUUUCCAAGGAUCCUUCAAAAAGCAGGUUAAAUUCAACCAAUUUGUGUCAAGGAUGAAGGAAUCUUCAGUGACGCUGACUCUACAGACUGUCUCUCCAGAAGACUGGCAACCAUCUACUUCGUCAACUUCAAUAAGCAAUGAAAAUACUUUGAGACUGCCAGCCUCUUUUGAAAUUCCAAGAUUUCCCAAAAAUCUGCAACUAAAACUGGACAACAAAGAACCGUGCCAUAAAAAUCCAAGGGACAGACACACAAUAAUCAGAGUUCUAUAUAAAGGUGUGGCACAGUAUACUAUGUAUCCCACAAAUUCUGAAUAUGUGCAAGCUGUGAAGACGCUGGUAAUGAAGUAUCCUUUCCUCAAGGAUCGUGAGGGAAAUGGUUAUGGACCAUGCGUCCAAGGAGAGGAUUUAUUAUCCAUAGAUGCCCACUUAAAGGUCUUACAGUGCCAAUAUCAGAAGAUGCAACCAGAUACCAUGGUGGUUCAUAACCGUAUGCAGCAAACGUUUGCUUGGCGGCAAAAAGAAAUUGCAGAUGGUAUGCCUGUGGAGGAUGUGUUGAAGAAGUACCCCUUCUUAGGGAUGCCUACUGGUCUGUGCAACGAACUCGGGUGGAUCCAACCAACAACGGGUAAUGUAAGCCAGCGAUUUCGUGAAGGGCUCUCAUGUGUUGCAGCAAAGGUGAUUGACCUUACACGAGGGAAAACCCCACUCUACCAGCUCUACCUUGAUGCAAGAGAGGAGGCUCUCACUGAUGACCUACCAGAUCUUGACACAAGGGCUGCACUUUUAUUCCUGCCAUACGUCUUCAAGGAGAAACUGGAUCUCUUUGUCAUACUUGGAGAGGUUCAUCCUAAAACCCCCUAUCCAAAUGUUCAGCUACUUCAUGAAGACUGGAAACCAGUGUUCUCCAGAAGCGCUCCAAACAUUGUGAAGUUGGAUGGCAGUGAAGUGUGCAGAACCUCGUGUAUUUUUGAAGGAAUCAUCUCUUCUUUCUGCUUGUAUUUUGUCUUCAACCUUGCUUACCCAAAACAUCUGAAGAACACCCUGAUUUUUCUCCAAAAGUACAUUGUGAAAAUAGAUGAGGGUGAGGACCGGCCUCUGCCAAUCACAGUCACCAGACAAAUAAAUCUUCUGUAUUGA